GGAUAUAUUCAGUGGAACUGGUAAAUGACAGCUUGUAUGAAUGGCACGUUAAGCUUCUAAAAGUUGAUCCUGAUAGCCCACUGCAUAGUGAUCUUCAGGUCUUAAAAGAAAAAGAAGGUGUAGAAUACAUUUUACUCAACUUCUCUUUUAAGGAUAACUUCCCUUUUGAUCCUCCCUUUGUGCGAGUGGUAUCUCCUGUGCUCACAGGAGGGUAUGUCCUAGGUGGAGGUGCAUUAUGCAUGGAACUUCUUACUAAACAGGGCUGGAGCAGUGCCUAUUCAAUAGAAUCAGUCAUCAUGCAGAUCAAUGCCACUUUAGUCAAAGGAAAAGCCAGAGUACAGUUUGGAGCCAAUAAGAAUCAAUAUAAUCUAGCAAGAGCACAGCAGUCCUAUAAGUCACUAGUACAAAUACAUGAGAAAAAUGGCUGGUACACUCCUCCGAAAGAAGAUGGCUAAUACUGAGGACUGUCAUAUGCCUGGACCAAUGUCAACAAAACAAGCUCUUUUUUAUGUUUUCCAACACACAGACUCAAGCUAUGAGUGCCCCUAUAACAGCCGUACUGAAGACUUUAGCUAUUAGAUAAGUUAGUGGAUAAUCUGUCAACUGACACGUAAAGUAUAAGUUACAGCCUUACCAUUCCGCUCUUCUUAGGUAUCUGGACUGAGCAGUUUGGGCCUUCACCACGUUUGUUCUUAUGGAUUGAGCAUAUUUGGGCCACGCCCUCCCUUCUCCCUCUUUUUUAUUUGAAAGCGCAAGCUCCCUACAGCAGGCUAUCAAGUUACUGAAGACCAUUCGGUAGGAGUGAGUCGUUCACACACUUUUGUGUAUUUCUUACCUUUUGCAAAAUGCAGACUGCAGAGACCUGCGUUGUAUCGUUUCAUUUAAAGCCAAGAAGUUUAAUACAUUGUUUAAUACUGUUUUAGGAGAUGUCAGGUCUUGCAAAUCACGGUAGUUUUUCUGGUCUAAAAUGACAGCAUUUGUAGUGUUUCCAAAUUAAUGAUAUAGGAAAAACACAUGUAUGUUAAGUCAUUAAACAUUUUUCAUGGC